AUGGCCAAUGAGAUACCAUUCGAAAAACAAUAUCAAUGGAUCUUACAAUCGGAUGAAACAAGACUUACUCAACAAAAAAUUCAUGAAGAAAAACAAAGAGCAGUUAUAAAUGCAUUAUCAUCAUAUCAAACUUCGAUUCAAACAUCAAUUGAUUAUGAAAUUGAUUUUCUUCCUGGUGAACCAGUAUUAGUAGGUAUGAACACACCAUAUUUUGAUAUAACAAAUGACAAAGCAAAUAUAAAUGAAUUAAGUAUUCAAUUAGCUCGAUUAACUAGUAAAAUGCUUCAUAAAAUUCAAACAUUAUGUCAAGAAACACAAUUACCAUUUAAUAAACAAUUUCGUAUUGAAUUACAUCCUGUUGUUUGGUUUGAUUAUUAUUGGCAAAAAAAUGAACAAGAACAACGAAUAGAUUUUCUUAAUAAAGCUCGUACAUAUGUUGAUAAAUAUCGUCAUUUUGUUAAAUAUGAACAUUUAUCAGAACCAAAAUUUGAACCACUUGUAUCUGAACGACAUUGUCGUUAUCAAACAACAUGUGAGAAAGAAGGUGGUAAAUAUGCGCAUGCUCUUCAUUCAACAUUGAUUUGUUUAGAAAAUGGUUCAAUGUUACGUGAUGAUGGUUUACAAAAAUGUGGACAAUUUUUUGUUAAUAGUACUAUUGCUAUGCAAUGGCCAGUCAAAUCAAUGCUAAAUUCACAUAUUUCUAUAUUAACAAAUGACAAUAAUAUUGAUUAUGGUCUUAACUUUCAUUGGCAAACAUCUAGUUUUAUUUUUACUAGUAAACGUGAAACAGUACGUGAUCUUGUUAUGUAUGCAACACCACCUUGGCAUAUAACUAAUCGUAAAAUGGCUUGUUUACCAUUAUUUUGGUUAACAGUUAUUUAUACAUGUCGUUUUCUUUAUUCUGAACUUUAUUUACAAACAAAUCGUAAUAAUAUUCAAUGGCCAGUUUAUGCUAUUGCACUUAAUUUUGGUAAAUGGGAAACAGGUGGUUCUUAUAGUACGCAUGCAAUUGAUUGUCAUGCUCAUGCACAUUUAUUAUUAACACGAGAAUUUAUUGAUGAAUGUAAUGAAACAUUUUUUCGACAAUUACAAGGUCGACAAAAUGCAUCACCUGAUUAUUUACAUCAGAAUGCUGAAAUACUUGAACGUGAACGAUUACUUAGUUACGAACUUCGAAGUUAUCAACAAACAAUAAAAGAAUUAAAAAUACAAAUUGAUGAAAUUCAAACUAAUAUGAAGACAAUGAUGAAUAUACUUGAAAAUAUAUUAACAAAAAAGUGA